CAGAUAGUCAAUUCAGUUUGACGAAAAUCGUCGCUUCGAACGAACGGAUUAUCCAGCGAACCAGCGAACCAACGAGAAACCGAAAAAUCCAUCACCAUGAAUUGCUUGUCCGCGACGUUCAAGUACCUGCUGUACUUGCUCAACCUGAUCUUCGUUGCCGGUGGCAUACUGCUGAUCGUGGUGGGCUCCCUCAUGCUUUCGAAGAUGGGUAACUUCAACUCCUUCGACGGCGGAGUCAGCACCCAAUCAAUUCCAAUCACAAUUAUCGUCAUCGGCUGUGUCACCUUCGUGGUGGCCUUCUUCGGAUGCUGCGGCACUAUUCGCGAGAACCCCUGCUGCACUACCAUUUACGCCAUCUGCAUGCUGAUUCUGUUUGGCCUCCAGCUGGCCCUAUCGAUUUGGAUGUUCGCGGCGAACGACAAGCUCAUGACCAACAUGAGAAAGGUGGUGGACAAGGCCUGGGACGAGAAUGAUGCCGCCCAGGGAUAUCCCAUGGAUGCCCUUCAGUUGGCCCUCAAAUGCUGUGGCAAGAACGGAUUCAACGACUAUAAUGGCUAUGUGCCAGCCUCCUGCUGCGGCUACAAUGAUCGCAACCAGGCGUGUGCGGCCGAUAUCUACACCCAACGACCCGGUUGCCAGGCUGAGUUCAUGGACUUCUGGGAAGCCAACACGGACCUCAUUCGAUGGAGCAGUCUGAUCAUAGCCCUCUUCGAGCUGGGCAUCUUCAUCAUGUCCUGCUGCCUGGCCAGCGCGAUGAGGAAGCGCUAAGAGAGUAGUCUGAGGCAACUUCUUAGCUGUUAGCUGAUAGCUGUAGCCCUGUUCGUAGCAUAAAUUCCAAAACACGUCCAUCACUUACCGUAAAUAAACCAAAAUAGGUUAAGCUCAAUGAAA